AUGGAGGCGGCCGGCGCGGGGAAAGCGGCGGCCGGCGCGGGGAAAGCGGCGGCCGUGUGCGUGACCGGCGCGGGAGGCUUCAUCGCCUCGUGGCUCGUCCGGCGCCUCCUAUCCAGAGGAGACUACGCGGUGCAUGGCACCGUCCGUGAUCCCAGCGACCCCAAGAAUGAUCACCUGAGGGCGCUGGCCGGCGCCGGCGAGCGGCUGCGGCUGUUCAAGGCCGACGUGCUGGACUACUUGAGCGUGGCGUCCGCCGUGGCCGGCUGUGCCGGCGUCUUCCACAUCGCAAGCCCCUGUCCCGCCGCCAAAUCGACGAACCCCGAGGUGGAGCUGCUUGCCCCGGCGGUGGCCGGCACGCUGAACGUGCUCAGGGCCUGCCGCGAGGCCGGCGUCCGCCGCGUCGUCGUGGUAUCGUCGGUCGGCGCGGUCUUCAUCAACCCCAAGCUCCCCGAGGGCCCCGUCCUGGACGAACACUGCUGGUCCAAUGAGGAGUACUGCAGAACAACUGAGAACUGGUACUGUCUGUCCAAGACACUAGCCGAGCGCGAGGCACUCUCCUACGCAGAGAAGACCGGGCUAAGCGUGGUGACCGUGUGUCCCUCGCUGGUGUUCGGCCCUCUGCUGCAGCCCACGGUGAACGCCAGCAGCUUGUUCCUCAUCAACUACUUGAAAUGCGAAGGCGCGGACGCCAUGGAGGACAAGGUGAGGAACAUGGUGGACGUCAGGGACGUCGCCGACGCCCUUGUACUGGCGUACGAGAGCCCGGAGGCGGCCGGCCGCUACAUCUGCAGCGCGCAUGCCAGGAAGGUCUCUGAAACGGUUUCCAUCGUCAGGAGCAUGUAUCCGAACCUGAACUACCCAAAGAAGUACGUUCAGGUGGGAGAUCAGAAGGUGUUCAGCUCCGAGAAGCUGCGGAGGCUGGGGUGGAAGUUCACGACGCUGGAGGAGAUGCUUAAGGACAGCGUUGAGUCCUACAUGGCUGCAGGAAUCCUAAACUGA